AUGCGUGUUGGUGGUCGCAUCGAUAAUUCUAUAGCUACUUAUGACGCAAAGCAUCCCAUUCUCCUUCCUAAGGAAUCUCCAAUAGCUGGUCUGCUAGUUCGCUAUCAACAUGCUGCAUUGUUACACGCUGGAGUCGAAUACACGUUUCAUAGUCUACGCCAAAGGUAUUGGAUUCUAGGAGCUCGGAACCUCGUCCGCAAAACUGUAUUCAAUUGCAGAACUUGCUUUCUGCAGCGAAGACACACGAGUUCUCAACUUAUGGCUGAUUUACCGGAGUUUCGAGUUCAACCCGCCCGUUGUUUCCUGCACACUGGAUUGGAUUAUGCUGGACCUGUGUCAAUCAAAACAUCGACAGGCCGGACACCAAGAUUUGGCAAAGCUUGGUUUGCGAUCUUUGUCUGCCUAUCUACAAAAGCGAUUCACAUAGAAUUGGUCAGCGAUUUGACGACAUCCGCCUUUAUAGCCGCUUUCAAACGCAUUUGGUCUCGACGUGGACCUAUAUCGGAUUUAUACUCGGACAAUGGAACGACUUUCCAUGGAGCCAAAAGAGAUUUAGCUGAAAUGCAACAAAUGGCAAUAGCUCAAAGUCGAGAUGAAGAAAUUUCAAGCUUCAUGGCCAGCCACGAGAUUAAUUGGCAUUUCAUUCCGCCAUCUGCUCCCCAUUUCGGAGGUAUUUGGGAGACUGGUGUGAGAUCCAUAAAGCUGCACUUAAAACGAGUCAUUGGCAGCAGUGCCUUGACAUUCGAGGAGUAUUCGAUCCUGUUAAUUCAGAUUGAAGGGCUUAACCCGCUAACUCCUUCUCAUUUUCUAACAGGUCAGCCUCUCACUUCGGUACCAGAACCAUCUUUCCUGGAUGUAAACAUCAACAGACUGCAGCGCUGGAGACAACUACAGGCCAAGGUUCAAGGUUUCUGGAAACGUUGGAAUCUCGAGUAUCUCAGCCCGCUUCAACCUCGCACGAAAUGGCAUCAAGAUGCUCCAAAUGUUGCCGUGGACACACUGGUUGUGCUGAAGGAGCCCAAUCAACCGCCAAGCAAGUGGAUGCUAGGACGAGUCACCGAAGUUCAUCCUGGCCAGGAUCAGAGGGUCCGGGUGGUCACCGUUAAAACCGCCAAGGGAAUCUACAAGCGCCCUAUUACGAAAAUUGCUGUGCUUCCUUUGAACUGA